AUGGGACACCACUCACGUAACCAAGGCGGAUGCUCAGGCACAACAGAGUCGACAUGUCCUCCUCCGGCUUUGCUCCCUCCACAAGCCCCUCCGAGUCUUUUGAUGACGGCAGUGGAACAGGCCAGACUGCAAUCGCUAACUGGAAAAACCUUCAAGACUGAUGAUCAUGGAUCAAACAGCAUGCCGUCCUCGCCCGGUGAUUUCUCGAGCAUUUCAACGUCUGACGGUCAUCACAGCCUCUCAGCUAGCUUUUCUGAACUCCCUUCUCGUCAGUCGCCGGCCCCGGCUAGUGCCUUUCCGGAAACGAGGGACUCCAUCCCUCAACUCGUCAUGCCUACCGUCAUGGUUCCUCAGCGCCGUCCUUUCUCCGACACAGGGAGAGGCCUGGGUAAACUCAAGAUUCUGGUUACUGGCCAAUCAGGAACCGGGAAAACAUCCCUCAUUCGCGCUAUUGGGCAAACUUGUGCUCACAUUGUGCAAAUGGACAAAAUUACCGACGCUCCGAAUCGCCGCCCGAGCAAUAUAUAUGCGAGCACUCGCCCAAGUCCUUGGUGGAAGCCGCAUGCCGACAAUGCCUGCAAGGGGCGGCGGCCUACAAUAACCGACCAAGUAUUGGACAAAAACUUGUGUUUUGUGGAUUGCCCAGCCCUAUCCACGGAUAAUGAGGCUACCUCCCCCGCUGUCGAGUAUGUUGAGAAUCAUCUGUCUCAUCUGUCUGUUGAGUAUAUCGAUGACGCGGACCUGAUUGCUCUGUUGAGCAGCGGGAUCGAAGCAAACGUCGACGUCGUGCUCUAUUUACUUGCUUGCACAGGUCCUACGGGAAACGAUGUCCAAUGCAUGAGAGACUUGCAAAACACAACAAACUUCAUCCCUAUACUUUCCGACAUCGACGGCCUAUCAGCUGAUGAGAUUCUCUCAGCCAAACGACGGAUUCUCUGCGACCUCGCGGCUGCAAAGCUUGACUACUUUUCCUUCAUGCCCACAGAGUCCAGCAAAGACGUUGGAGGCAUCUAUGCGGUGAACAGUGCGGUUACUCUAGAUGGCGAUGCUGUCGAUGCAAGCUUUGUCAUGGAUUCAGACUAUCUGCCACCGUUGGUCGAGACUGACCUCGAUCGCCUGGUCUCGGCAAUCCUAUCCGUGGAGGGCAGCUCCCACCUUCGCUACGCCGCUGCGAUUAAAGCCGUCAAGUGGCUACGCGGGAAGCCUGUCGGCGGAAACUCCUAUGCCCUAGCGUCUACCCGCAGACUCCUGUCCCGCGGUGCUCGCGAAAUCUUGUCCAAUUUUGCCAACAUGUCUCGAGAGGCAGAGCAUCGGGGCCAGGUCCACAGCACGUCAGCCUGGGCAGAAGGACUGCGUCAGAGCUUAGCUUCUGAGCGGCUGAACCUUUCGCAACGGCACACGGCCCAGGUCAUGUCUUCUACUCAGAUGACCUUGGUCAGGCCCAACUGUUCACGGCCGCCGGACUCCAGAUGCUGCCAUAACUGGAGCUGCGCCUCGAGCAGCAAUGACCAAGACCCGCUGGGGCUGUUGCAGCUCCUGAGACGGUUCCAGAUUGGCAGUCAGUUAACGCUGGAGCUACUGAGCAGCUUUGGCGUUUUAUGGUGUGCGGCAACAUGGCUCCUCUGGCCGAAAUGGCCAUGGUGA